AUGAGUAGAAUAUUAACGUCAAGGAAAGUGAAAGUUAUUUUCACUACCGUUUUGUUAAUAGUGAUAUUAUAUAGUUCAUCGAUUUGCAAUAAUGAAUAUUUAAAUCAAUUUAUCAAUACAAAAGAUAUCUUUAUUCCGACUACAUCACAUUUGCAAGGAGUUAAUUUGAAAAAAUAUUCUUUAAAUAGUAAUAACCAUAAUCUAUUGACGCUACGUGAUCAACUAUCAUAUACAUUUCCAUAUAAUAAUGAUUCACCAAUUCCAAAGAUAAUAUGGCAAACAUGGAAAACUGGACCAUCAGAUAGUGCAUUCCCAUCAAAUUUUAGAAAUACUCAAAAGAAAUGGAAUCAAAGAGCGCAGGAUCAAGGUUAUCAAUAUUCUUUAGUUACUGAUGAUGCCGCUUUAUCAUUAUUAGAAAAUUUAUACGCAGAAUGUCCAUUAAUUUUACACGCUUAUAAUUUAUUACCCACCGUAAUCUUAAAAGCUGAUUUUUUCAGAUAUUUAAUUCUAUUUGCUAGAGGUGGGAUUUAUUCAGAUAUGGACACGGUACCAUUAAAGGAUUUAAAUGAGUGGGGUUCAAUUAGUGGUAGUCAAAUGAAUAAUCAAUUACUAGAACAGAAAAAUUCUUUUAUACCUUAUAAAAAUGUUGAUAGAGAUCAAGUAUCCCAUAAUAACAAUAAUAAGAAAAAUUCAAUUUCACCUGGUUUAGUUAUUGGUAUUGAAGCUGAUCCAGAUAGAGAUGAUUGGCAAAAAUGGUAUGCUAGAAGAAUUCAAUUUUGUCAAUGGACAAUGCAAGCUAAACCUGGCCAUCCGUUAUUAAGAGAAUUAAUUAUGAAUAUUACUUCAACAACUCUACACAGUGUUAAAGGUGAUUCAACUUUUAUUGAUUCCAAAUAUUUAAAUGAUUAUAAUGUCAAUUAUAGAUGGUUAAGAGGUCAAAAUCAAACUUAUAAUCAUUCACAAUUGAAAAAUAAAAAAAAUGUCGAUGGUACAGAUAUUAUGAAUUGGACAGGACCAGGAAUCUUCACAGAUAUUGCAUUUGAAUAUUUUACAAAUUUAAUUCAGUCAAAUAAGGAUAUCCUUUUGUUAAACCCUGAUUUAAUUAAACCUGCUUCAGAAAAUGAUAAUGAUAAUAGUAAUAAAUCUAUUCAACGUUUUUAUAAGAAGAUUAAUGAAGAUUUAGAAACUUCUGCAAAAUUACCAUGGGAAUUUUUUGCAUUCAUUAAAUCACCAAUUGUUAUUGAUGAUGUUAUGGUCUUACCUAUUACUGCAUUCUCUCCUGGUGUUGGUCAAAUGGAGGCUCGUGGUGUCGAUGAUCCAAUGGCCCUUGUAGAGCAUUUGUUCUCUGGUACAUGGAAGGAAUCAGCUGAUAAAAACGCUAAAGAAUCAAAUAAUGGUGGUAUUCCACCUGUUCCUGCAUGA